AAAUACAAAUUUAAAAGCAUGGAGUAUGAAGUUAAGCAUGAAUGAAGGAAACAUUCUUUAUUCAUGUAUAUCUACUUUUGCUCUUCAUAGGUCUAUCUGGUCACUACAUUAUUCUUCAGUUUAGUUUGCUGUUUAGUAAUUGCAACAAAUUAUUUUCCUAGGAUAAUACCACUGGAACAUCACGUGGUAGAAGGUGACGUGAUACCCUACCCAGUCACAUGAUACUGAUACCGGACUAACCAAAUGAAGAAGGUGCUAGUACCAUCUUUAAUGUCUUUGGUAUAACGCGGCCACGAGGCGAACCCACAACCAACCGCAUCCGAAGCGGUCAAUGAAAAUAUAGGGGACCGUCGUUGUAGCCAAGUAGUUAGGAUCACUUGCCCCUCACCUAUGUUAUGUGCAGCAUAUUAAACAGGACACUGAAACAGCCAAAAAUGUUGAUACUUCGUAUAGUGUUCCUUCCUUUCAUGGAUAUAGUACGUAUGACGAAACAAUGAUGAAAAAAAUGUAUGAUGAAACACUUACUAGAAAAAAGCAAGCUGAUAUAGACACGGAAGAAUACAGAAGUGGAUAUCCAGAUCAGGAAGACAACUUGGAUCUGAAUGAAAACUAUCAAUUCUUUAUGAAUGAAAUUCCUUCAAAACCUCAAGGUGACUACAUCGACACUAUACAUGAACAAUGGUGGGGUGACUACACUAAACCAGAGGAGAAUCGCAAAUAUAUGCAGUGGUUGUUUCCGGUCAGAAGGAAAAGUUGUAACAGAGAAGCCCAAGAACUGCAACCACAUGAAAUACAGAGACUCAAACUUUCUGAAGAUGCAGUGAGGAGGCUUCUAACAUCCUUUAAGAUGAUGCUAGAUUUUUAUGGAAUGAAGCUAAAGAAUGAGGAGGACGGUACGAUUGUAAGAGCUGAAAACUGGAAGGAAAGAUUUGAACACCUUAACAGAUCUGAACAUAACCACUGGUGAAUAACAAGAGUUCUUAAGUGUCUUGGCGAGUUUGACUUUGAACAUUUAAAAAAGAACUUCACAAAAUUCAUUCUUAAGGAAGCGGUACUGAAAGGAACACUCCCAAAUUUGAUAGAGUGUUGCCUUAAUUACUGGAUAGCCGUACUGAGGAUAAAGCAUGAAAGAGAAGAAAUGUACGAGUACUACGAAAAAUUAACUAAAAGUUCAAUCUUUCAGACGAUGUAAAAAUUGACCCAUAGCAAAGGUUUACAACAGCAUCAACAUUGUGGCAAUGCCUAGCAACAAGACAUCCGUCCGCUGAAUCGACUGCUUUAUCUCUACAACCUCAAAAGGGGUAAACUAGAUUCUAAAAAACUGACUUUCACGAAGACCAAAGAAACUGAAAGAGAAUCUCGAAACCAAUUUAGAAUGUUAUCAAAAGAAGUAAGCUAACGUUUGUUUUCAAACACUAAUUGUCGCAAAAUGAUGUUUUGCGAUUGCGCACAGAGAUAAGUAAUUACAUUUAACUGUUUCAAGUUAAAACUUUCAUGCUGGUUUGUUAAUGGUGGUGUUGCGAUUCAUGUGGUUUAGCUGCGUACUUAGCAAUUGUGUUUAGUUUUUAUUCUCCACGCCCACAGGCGCAGAGUAUUUGUGACUGGUUUUUGUGAGUGCAAUGUAUGUCAUUAAUUACGAAAUAACAAAUAACGACUGUUUUAUCAACAUUUACAGUUUAUGCCCCAUUUGUUACAAUAAGUUUGCAUGAAAUCCUGGAUAUUUUACUGACAAGGUUGACGAUACAUACCAAGACAUUGAGCAUUUGAAAUGUAUUAAUUGCAUGCAAUUCACCAAACGCGCAAAUUACAGAUCAUUAAUAGUUACAUUUGUUAUUUGCGCUAAACGUUUGGCAGUAGUACUAAAUAUGUAAUCAAGCAGCACUUCCGGGUUUCAGAUAAUGAUGAAAAGAAACAUUCCUCAUUUUGUCCAGUUUAAGUGGCAUUUUUAUGUUUUAUGUAAGCCAGUUCCUGUAUUUAUUUAAUAACAGACUUAUACUUGACAUUUUGGUAGCAUUUUAAAGGCGAUUUUUGCAUGUAUAAAAAUAUAAACAAACCUUAUUACACACAUUUUAGCUGUCAGUUUGGAAAAUAUUCCAUAAUGUUGACCUAUCAGACAAAAAUAUCACUUAGAAGAUAGAUGAA